UAAGACAAAUGCCUUCUAAUCUGACAAAUAAAAUACUUGAUUGUGGGGGGAAAGAUUCAUUUGGAAUGCCUCUCUCUGAAGUAUUCCAGACAUUUCCUUUAGGAGAAAAACCCACCCUCAAAAAUGUGUUUCCAUCUCAUUCACGUUCUGGGCCCCCGGAGGACUCUCCCUGGUCAUCUUCUUCUGAGCUUUGUUUAACUGAAAAGAAAUUACACUCUGAAAAUGAUCACAAACCUGACACUGAACAUGUUUUAAACAAAAAUGAAGAGCCUUUUUGUAGUGAUACAGAAAAUAUCAAAGGAAGGAACCCAGUAGUUACAUCCAAAGUGAAAGAAGACCAAGAGUUUGAUAUGCAGAUGACAAAAAAUAUGAACCCAAAUACCACUAAUAGGAAAUUAGGCGUCAGACAUACACCUCAGCCUAGUGGUCUAAAAAGUCAUCUUGAUUUGCAGAUUGCCAGCCACAGUGAAAAAAACCACAUGAUUCAAAUAAAAAGGCAUGAUACUUAUGCUGUUACAAGUACUUAUAAGGAAACAAAGCCAAAUCAAGACUUGUUGCAGAAGCCAUUAUAUGCAGAUCAUUGCAGUGCUAGUAACUAUAAAGGCAUGGAAUCUGAAAUACAAGAAUGGAGUUCCUCUGACCCCUAUAGUGUCAGAACACCUACAGGAUGUGAAACUGAAGCAUUAGAGCAAGAUGUACAAAGGCUUAACAUGGACAUGUCGAAAGCAGAGCUUCCGGCUUUGAGAAAGAGAGGUAGAAGUUCAUCUGAUAAUUUAUCGGUUUCUGAUAGGUAUGAAAAAGAAGAAAGCCUGUUGCCUGAAAUUCACAAGUUGCAGGAUGAAAUUGCUGCUCUAAGAAUGGAAAUAGAUGCAGUAAAAAAUCAGAACCGGGAAAUGGAAAAGAAAUGUUUGAAGGACAUUGCAAUUGCCAAAGAAAAGAAUGACCAUCUUCAGAAGACAAUAAAACUGAAUGAAGAAACAUUAACAAAAACAAUAUUUCAAUAUCAUGGACAGCUUGAGGCUCUGACAGCUCAGAAUGCAAUGCUCAACUCUGAACUGGAGAAUGAAAAACAAAACAGAGAAAGACUGGAAGCAGAAGUUGAAUCAUACCGACCUAGACUGGCUACUGCUCUACAGGAUCGUGAACAAUGUCAGACAUCAAAGAAAGACCUACAACUUGCUUUCCAGAGAAUAAGAGAUGAAUGGUUUUGUUUCCAGGACAAAAUGAAUUUUGACAUGUCUGACCUUAAGAAAAGCAAUGAGAUUCUUUCUCAACAACUUUCUAAACCUGAAAGUAAGUUCAGUAGCCUAGAAAUUGAGCUUCAUCACACAAGAGAUGCUCCCAGAGAAAGGACCUUGAUUUUAGAAGGCGCAGAAGGAGACCUAAGCAAAACAAAGGGCCAAAAGACAGAAACUGAACACGUGUAUCAAAGUGAACAAUGUAAAGUGAAUAAAUACACUGCAGAGCAGGAAUCCUUAAGGGAGAAGUUAUGUCAACUACAAAGUGAAAAUAUGUUGCUUCGACAGCAGCUGGAUGAUGCUCACAGCAAAGCUGACAGUGAAGAAAAGACAGUUGUUAAUAUCCUAGAUCAGCUUCAGGAGAUGAGAAAAAUAUUUCAUGCUAAACAGGACCAAAAGAAGGAGUUAACCAAUGAAUGGCAUCAUUUAAAAGAAAGAAUAUAUAAGUAUGAAAAUGAUAAAGCAGAAAGACAUGCAAUUGUGAGACAACUUCAACAAGACCUGGCUGAUACCAAAAAUAAACUAUCUACGUUAGAGGCUUCACAGAAGGUUGAAUCACCCUCUCGUAUGAAUUUAGAAGAUGAGAAAAAGAAGUUAAAGCAAGAAUUAGAUGAAAGCAGAAGUCAAAUUCAGCAUGAAAAGAAACACAUAAGGAAAUGGGCUGAGUUAAAAUCCCCCCUGCAGUCUUGCCUGCGUGAAGUAUUAAAGAAGACAGGGGAACUGGAGAAAGAGCUCACUAGGUAAGGUUUUAAUAUUUCAGACCGUUUCCACCUUCAAUUAAGAUGUAACUGUCAUUUACUUUAUUAAAACCAAAAUCCAAAUUUAUUUCCUAUCUGUAAUUUUCAUAAUUAAACAAAUUAUCCUAUUUAAAA